GUCUAUGGUGGGUUUCCUCACAGACCCUGUUUGCAGUGGCUGUGUGUGUGGCAUGUAGCAUUCGCCACACUACUGCGGGUUUGUUUCUAUCGUACGUAGACUGAGACAGGGAGAUAAGGUUUUGAAAAUGCUGUUUCCAGUGAACUUGUCCUUUGUGCUUUUGCCUAAAGGGAUGCCAAGAGGAGACAUGGCAAAACCACUCCUAGGUCGCCGGAAUAUGGAGAGCAAUCCAGAUCUCGCCCCGGCUGCUGGCCGAACCGUAGGGAUCCUGGGAAGUGGAGACUUUGCACGCUCAUUGGCUACACGUCUGGUGUACUCAGGUUUCCAAGUGGUGGUCGGAAGCCGCAAUCCAAAGCGCUGCGCGGGCCUCUUUCCUUCAGCAGCUGAAGUAACUGGCCAGGCAGAUGCUGCAAAGAAGACAGAUGUUAUUUUUGUGGCAGUUUUCAGGGAACAUUACUCCACACUCUCUGACCUGACGGAUGUGCUGGCUGGCAAAAUACUGGUGGAUGUCAGCAACAACACUGAAAUUAACCAUCACAAAGAAUCAAAUGCCGAGUACUUGGCUUCUCUUUUCCCAGCCUGCACUGUCGUCAAAGGAUUUAAUGUGAUAUCCGCAUGGACCUUACAGUCAGGUCCCAGAGACGGGAAUAAGCAGGUCUUGAUUUGCUGUGAUAAUCAAGAAGCCAAGCGUACAGUCGCUGAAAUUGCUCAGGUCAUGGGGUUCACCCCUGUGGACAUGGGCUCCUUGUCUUCAGCCUGCGAGAUGGAGAACAUUCCCCUGCGCCUCCUCCCAGCUUGGAAAAUCCCUGUCUUUUUGGCCCUGGGUCUCUUUCUCUGUUUCUACACCUACAACUUCAUCAGACAAGUCUUACACCCUUACAUCUGGGAACAGAAAAACAAGUUCUACAAGAUCCCAGUGGAGGUGGUCAAUAGCACGCUGCCCUGCGUAGCCUACGUCAUGCUCUCUCUCGUUUAUCUACCCGGGGUCCUGGCCGCCUCCUUCCAGCUGCACUAUGGCACAAAGUACAGACGCUUUCCUGACUGGCUAGACCAGUGGCUGCAGCACAGAAAGCAGAUUGGCCUUCUGAGUUUCUUUUGCGCAGCCUUGCACGCCGUGUACAGCCUCUGCUUGCCCAUGCGCCGAUCCCAUCGGUAUCAGUUAAUUAACGCAGCCGUCAAGCAGGUCAUGGAGAAGAAGACUGAUGCCUGGAUAGAGGAGGAGGUCUGGAGAAUGGAGAUUUACGUCUCUUUUGGAAUAAUGGCCCUAGGCCUGCUGUCAUUACUUGCCAUAACUUCACUUCCCUCCAUCGCAAACUCUCUCAACUGGAGGGAAUUCAGUUUCAUUCAGUCCACCCUUGGAUUUAUUGCCCUGGUAGUCAGCACCCUACACACCCUCACCUUUGGAUGGACAAGGGCCUUUGAUGAAAACCAAUACAAAUUCUAUCUGCCGCCAAGUUACACACUCACACUACUGGUGCCAUGUACUGUGAUCUUAGCGAAAAUAUUCUUUCAUUUGCCCUGUAUCCACCAAAGACUGCGGCGCAUUCGGAACGGCUGGGAAAAGGGAAGGUAUGUGAAAUUCACACUGCCCAGUGCAACUGGUGAAUAUUCAAGCGGAGAAAGUUCCAGUAAUGUGUAGCAAAGCCUCUCUUAUGAUGGAGAAUUUCAAAGCACUAUGAAGAUUUCUUGAGGUUUUUCAUAAUUGUGUAUGUUUGGUAUAAUUGCCUUGUGGGUUGAUAUUCAUAGUUGGUGACUUUAGAAAAUCAGUUACUGUUAAAUUAGUUUAUACAGUAAUAUUUAAAAUAUAUUGCUGAUUUGCUAGCAUGAUUGUUGCCUUAAAAAAUCAUCAUGACAUUUGAGAGAGCAGCUGUAAAUAUAUGUAGAAAACAAAUGGAAUUCUAUAGGUCAUAUUGGUCGAUUGAGAUAGUAGCUGGUGGUACUCUGUACUGACAUUUCUCUGUUGGGGCCCCAGCUGCUUUCUUUUUUAAAUAGCAGGAGGGACAGUUUGUAUCCCAUAUGAUUAUGAAGAAAUCCUUCUGCAUGUGACCUGAUGGACCAUAUGAAUCUGCUGCUAAACCAAAACAAUGGUUCUGAGCAGUGUGAGCAGUCCCUGGGGUUGUUCCACAUGGGAAGCUGGGUGAGGACAGUAUAAAUCUCAACAUAAACAACUUAACUCCUGCCACUAUAGCAGAAACAUCCAGUGACUUGGAGACCUGUGGGAUGUGCUUCCAAACUUGACCCCUGGACACAACAAAUUGGAUGGCACAUCUCAGUAUUCACUACUUUCUCAAAUGUGAACAGUGCAUUUUUUGAUCUUGUAGAUGUGGGCGAUGCAUGUGCAUAUUUGUACAGUUGGAAGAGUUGAUUUAUUUCCAAAAGUUAUAAUAGAUUUUGAAGACAGCGCCGUGCCUGAAGUGCAUUUACACCUUAGCGUAAUCCGCAGUGGUCAUUGCGAUCACACGUUCUCAGCGAUGUGAAACCAAAGUUUAGUGCAUCCCCUAAUGGAAGGAGUGUAAAGAUAAGCUCCAAAAGGACUCGCAGCUUCAUGAUAUUGACUCUGGGCUCUGGGGAAAUGACAGCUGCCAGCUGAAUUAGCAUUUAAUAAUGGGGCGACGCUGUUUGAAACUACUCUUAUUAAACUCAAAUCAACGUGUCCAACUACAUCUACAACAACAACUAUCAGGUGUAUUUGUUUCACCACCAGCAAUGACACAUCUGCCCUCUCUGUGACAGAUCCAGAACCUCCAAAAAAUGGGACUUUACAGCUGUGAACAUUCUCACAAAGGCUAAAACUCAUCUGUCUCCGACCAAGUCUCAGUCAUAGAAUGGACACCAACAUAGCUACAUAUUAUGGGCCUGAUUCCCCAGUGCCUUGCACCUUCAAGAGUCAUUUACUCAGCUACAAAGUGAGUAUCAUACAUUAGCAUCAUACGCUGUUACAUGCCGCCAUGUGUAUCAUCUCUGGCACCCUGCAUCUGACUCCACUCCCAUGGCUUCCAGUUCUGAGCAAUAUUGCUCCUCCUCCUAUCAGACGAGAGGUUGCCACUGGCAGGUUACUAGAGAAAGUACACGCCAACUUAAGCCUGCCGCUGCACAAUGACCUUUUUAAACCACCAGCUGCAUGUUUGCCAUCACGUCACCCAUUAUGGUCUCAUCUGCCACAUCAGGAUGUUAGGGCGGAAACAUUCUGGCGAGAGGAAUGGAUAUCUGUUAUAAUCCCCAACCAGUCCCUCGUUGCCAACCCCACAAUUUGCCCGCCUGGUUUUGACCUGCCCUGUCGCCAAUGGUCCCUGUUGAACAGGUUCCGGACCAGGCAACGUCUCUGUGCAGCCAACCAGUAUCACUGGGGCCUUUGUGACAGCCCUUUGUGCAACUGCAGCACAACACAGACAAUGCCGCACGUUGUCGAGGAAUGCCUGCUGACUAGGGUCAACGGUGUCCUAGAAGAACUGCAUCACACCACUGAAGAUGCCAUCGCUUGGCUGGAUGACUAUGCACCCGCGAAAUAAAAAUACUAGCAUCAUUUGGCAGAACUUCUCACUUACUUGGCACAGGAGUGAAUGAUGCCCACACUCUGUGCAAGGCAGUGGAGAAUCAGACCCUAUAUUCGUUUUUCUUUAUCACAACGAUUGUUCAGACUGUCCACAGUCUAAAUUAAUACACCAUUCUUGAUUGAAAACAAACCAAUGUCGUAGAUGCUUUACAACACUUACAAAUCCACAAUCUUUGCCCCAUAGAGAUUACAACUUGUCUGUCUACGACGACUGCCAUGCUUUACAACAGAUCCUUUAAAAAGGAGAAUCAAGAGGAAAUAGAAGAAUUACAACAAAGUAAGAUGUUAGGAUCUGGUUGUAAUAACCUUGUUUCCUACAACAGAGUAAAGUACACAAGUUGCUGUUGGACAGUGCCUUGAAGACAGGUGUCAAUACCUGAAUCACCAGAGAAUUUUUAAAAGUUGCUGCUGAUCAGAACUUGCUGUUCAGCCUUAAACUGUUGGAGAGAGUAAGACUUACAAGCUGCUACUAAUAGUCCCCCGAUGAUAUUCAGGUAUUUCUGCUGUUGUGUAAGAGUCACCCUGGAAUCUCAAAACACCAUGUCUUCCUAAUGAAUACAAGGAAAUCAAGACAAGAGUCAGUGUGCUGGAUUUCACAAUCAAAUGAUAAUUCCUUCAAUAAGAAGGGAGUUAGUGUGUGUCCCUGUUGUGCCUUUCAGGGCAGGGAGAAUUAUCGAGAACCCCUCCAUGCUCAGAUCAUUAUCUGCUAACGUUACUCACAAAGCAGAUAGAUUUGACAGUAAUAUGUGCAACUGAAUGGCAAAUUACAGCUUCUGUGAGAGGUCUGAGUCAAAAUCACCUCUGGUGUAAUUCCAUCCACUUCAAUUUAACUCCUGGAAGUGAAUUUGAAUUCAGUCCACUUACUCAUUCCAGCCUCCUGCUGUAUUUCAUCAUCAGGCAAAGCCAACAUAAAAUCACUAGUUUUCACAUUUUCUGGCUAAGGUAAAGAAUCCUGAUUCUGACGCUUAUUCUCACAUCUGUGCUUCCUCUCACUCCUCUGCAGCAGGCAACCUGGUAGACUGCUACAAUGUUAGCAAAAAAGAGGAGAUGGAGAGAAAGUUGCAUGAGCCUUAGGCUUUGUCUUCAGUGUGUGUUUAAAAAAAAACAAAAAAACUUUUUUUUUAAUACCAAGAUAACUUUUGCACUGAGACACAGGGUUUGACAUCAACAGGACCACUCGCAGAGCAAGAAGUGGUAGGGCUGAACCUGAAGUGAGCUGUAGCUCACGAAAGCUCAUGCUAAAAUAAAUUUGUUAGUCUUUAAGGUGCCACAAGUACUCCUGUUCUUUUUGCGGAUACAGACUAACACGGCUGCUACUCUGAAACCUGUAGAUCAGGGGUAGUCAAUAGGUGGGCCAAAGCUGGACCACCAAUCACUUUUGAUUGAACCCCAAAAUAUUUGUAUUUACUUAUUAUCGUUAUUGUUGAGUUUCUUAUUAUUUUCUUUGGAGUCUGGAUCUUGCCUAUACCUUGACCAAGAAAUCUGGACCUUGACAAAAAAUAAAGUUGACUACCCCGGGACCAAUUUCUCUACCUACUGAACGUAAGUCCUCACUCGUGCAACUUUCAGAAUGGCUCUACCCUUUGGGGUCUGUAUUCUAAAUCCUUGAUACUAAAAUUUUGAAUAAUUUAUUUUGUAGAAAUAAUAAUUUUUAAAAAGUGUAAAGAAAACUUUGGAAAUGCUCUUUGCUUUUUUAACUUCUUUCCCCACUGCAUUAUUUGAUGUAGCUAGGGGAUGGAGGAAUGUUAGCUUAAACAUUUCCUUGUUACUGUUAUUAUUUUGUACUUGGUGUUUGUAUAUUUUGUUGCAAGAUUUAUAGCUGAAAUGACAAGCUGUUUGUAUUUUUAUUUUCUGUUUUGCUUACUUUGUGCCUUUAGGGUAUAAGAACCUAUUGCAAAGCUGUGAGAACAGGGCCAGUUUUAAUCCUCUUUCAUCAUUGGCCUCUUAGUCUUACAAUUAUAGCUCUAUAAAGAUAGAAUGAAUGUGCCUGUAUAAUGGCAUCAUUACUCACUCAUUCUUGUGUGCUGUCUCUUUUUCUAUAGACAAUACAAUGUUAAUCUAAAGUAUCUUUCCAUUAAAUAAAGCUAUCAAUAAAGUGACGUGAUUGUCCAGGAUUUAAAUGUGAGAAACAAAACACACCAACGUAAGCAGCUGGUAUUUGCUAUUGUGAUGGGAGAAGAUACUACCUAGAAGGAUCAAUGCUCUGAUAGACUUGUCAGUUCUAUGUCAUAUGAGUGUAGGAGGGAAUAUUCCACAUAUUUGCAUUAGUUACAGCUGUAAUAGAUAUUUAAUUACAUAGGCCUCUGUGGAUGCUGACCUUGGAUAUUGUACAAGUGGUAGCAGCUCAGGAAUAGCAGAGCUUAAUUCAGUAAGCAAAAAGUUGCCCUAAUAUAGAGCUAAAAAAGAAGGGGACAAUGGAUGAGUUUAAUGAGUGGAAAGAUGCAAUCUUUAACACUGCCUCUUUGACCUCAGUUCCUUUAGUCCAGGGGUUCUCAAACUGGGGGUCGGGACCCCUCGGGGUCGUGAGGUUAUUACAGGGGGGUUGCAAGCUGUCAACCUCCGCCCCAAACCCGGCUUUGCUCCAGCAUUUAUAGAGGUGUUAAAUAUAUUAAAAAGUGUUUUUGAUUUAUAAGGGGGUCGCACUCAGAGGCUUGCUAUGUGAAAGGGGUCACCAGUAAAAAAGUUUGAGAGCCACUGCUUUAGUCACUACCUCAAGGAAGUGGGAUAACAGAUCCACCACUUCUAGAUUCACAGUGUUGUAUUUUAAUGAGCUAAUUUGUAAAUUGAUUUUAAUGAGUUAAUUUAAAUUCCUGUGCUAAAGUUUAGCCUCUGCAGGUACAGCUCUCUGACACUUUCCUUAUUAUACAGGGCUUUUAGCAAUGUGUUUGGUCUCCCGCUCUUCAGGGAUUUACUUACAAAGUGAUUUAUCAAACUAUGGUUAAAUCUUAAGGGGGAUGCGAUUGCUUGAAAACUGCUAUAAGGUGUAUUUCAUAAAAUCUCUCCAAGUCACCUAGAAGACUAGCACAGGUCCCACUAGCUGUUACAUCUGAAUGUUUUGUCACUGUUUGUGUAUUCUGUAUCUCAAAAUUUCAUGCAUUAAGUUAGUGGAAUCGGUAGAUUGUGCCUUAGCUUUGAAACAAUGGAUUUGUUACACUAGGGAGGCUUGGUUCAAUGUAUUGUUUAGUGAGUGACAGUUUUUAAGAACUCCUAUACAGACU